AAACGGUCAUUAGUGGCCUAUAUAAGCCUCAUACAGGCCAUGGGAAGACAUUACCUGUUGAUAACACAGAUUAUUUUCAUGAUCAUGGGAGGUGUGAGAGAAUUGCUGCUGGUUGUGAUGACUGUGGGGGUUGUCAAAGUUUCUUGUUACCCUGUUGGAAAGUCCCAGAAGCAAGAUCAAGUCUCUCUGCAGAGGAGACUUGGAGAGCUGUCAUCAAAUGACGUCUCCAUUGUGCAUGCCCUGGCCUUGCUCCGAUCCAUAGGGUCUGACACUAAACAAGCCAGAGAAGAGUAUUUAGAGACCAAUGAAGUAGAAUCCCAAGCUUCUCCAAACCACGGUAGCUCUCUGGCAAAUGAUGCCCUGUCAUCUGAGGAGAAGCUGAGACGCAUGUCCUCUGACGACGCCACCUCUGAAGCUGCGACCGGCCCGUCCUCUGACGACGCCACCUCUGAAGCUGCGACCGGCCCGUCCUCUGACGACGCCACCUCUGAAGCUGCGACCGGCCCGUCCUCUGACGACGCCACCUCUGAAGCUGCGACCGGCCCGUCCUCUGACGACGCCACCUCUGAAGCUGCGACCGGCCCGUCCUCUGACGACGCCACCUCUGAAGCUGCGACCGGCCCGUCCUCUGACGACGCCACCUCUGAAGCUGCGACCGGCCCGUCCUCUGACGACGCCACCUCUGAAGCUGCGACCGGCCCGUCCUCUGAUGACGCCACCUCUGAAGCUGCGACCGGCCCGUCCUCUGACGACGCCACCUCUGAAGCUGCGACCGGCCCGUCCUCUGACGACGCCACCUCUGAAGCUGCGACCGGCCUGCGACCGGCCCGCCCGUCCUCUGACGACGCCACCUCUGAAGCUGCGACCGGCCCGUCCUCUGACGACGCCACCUCUGAAGCUGCGACCGGCCCGUCCUCUGACGACGCCACCUCUGAAGCUGCGACCGGCCCGUCCUCUGACGACGCCACCUCUGAAGCUGCGACCGGCCCGUCCUCUGACGACGCCACCUCUGAAGCUGCGACCGGCCCGUCCUCUGACGACGCCACCUCUGAAGCUGCGACCGGCCCGUCCUCUGACGACGCCACCUCUGAAGCUGCGACCGGCCCGUCUGACGACGCCACCUCUGAAGCUGCGACCGGCCCGCCCUCCUCUGACGACGCCACCUCUGAAGCUGCGACCGGCCCGUCCUCUGACGACGCCACCUCUGAAGCUGCGACCGGCCCGUCCUCUGACGACGCCACCUCUGAAGCUGCGACCGGCCCGUCCUCUGACGACGCCACCUCUGAAGCUGCGACCGGCCCGUCCUCUGACGACGCCACCUCUGAAGCUGCGACCGGCCCGUCCUCUGACGACGCCACCUCUGAAGCUGCGACCGGCCCGUCCUCUGACGACGCCACCUCUGAAGCUGCGACCGGCCCGUCCACUGACGACGCCACCUCUGAAGCUGCGACCGGCCCGUCCGGUGACGACGCCACCUCUGAAGCUGCGACCGGCCCGUCCGCUGACGACGCCACCUCUGAAGCUGCGACCGGCCCGUCCGGCGACGACGCCACCUCUGAAGCUGCGACCGGCCCGUCCGGCGACGACGCCACCUCUGAAGCUGCGACCGGCCCGUCCGGCGACGACGCCACCUCUGAAGCUGCGACCGGCCCGUCCGGUGACGACGCCACCUCUGAAGCUGCGACCGGCCCGUCCGGUGACGACGCCACCUCUGAAGCUGCGACCGGCCCGUCCGGUGACGACGCCACCUCUGAAGCUGCGACCGGCCCGUCCGGUGACGACGCCACCUCUGAAGCUGCGACCGGCCCGUCCUCUGACGACGCCACCUCUGAAGCUGCGACCGGCCCGUCCUCUGACGACGCCACCUCUGAAGCUGCGACCGGCCCGUCCUCUGACGACGCCACCUCUGAAGCUGCGACCGGCCCGUCCUCUGACGACGCCACCUCUGAAGCUGCGACCGGCCCGUCCUCGACGACGACGCCACCUCUGAAGCUGCGACCGGCCCGUCCUCUGACGACGCCAUGGAUAUCUGACGUGGGACAUGCAAGAGUUCAUGGGUACUCUAGUCCAGUGUGUAACUGCAUUUGCUUGUUUUAGCUCAAAUAAACAUUAACUGUAA